UCUCUAUCCUUCUCCAUCCAUUUCCCUUCUCUUUCUCUCUCUUUUCCGACCACCCAUGUCGAUCUCCCAAAUACUGUAACUCCAGUCUCCGACCAAGCUUCUGGACGCUCAGAAUUAGCUGCUCAUGAUGCUCCUGCACCAUCCGCUUCGUCAAAUCAGCCGCCGCAGUCGCAGUUGCCGUCUCAGCAUCCCGGAGCACCUUCUUCCCGUGACAACUCGUCAGCAUCUGUCUCGCUCUCUUCCUCACUCUUCCCUCCGCUGCCGUCGGCCCCGUCACCCUCCUCCUCCUCCUUCUCCUCUCCGUCAUCGUCGCAUCUGGCCACUUCACUUACCGCGCUGGGGUCAAAGUUGAACGCUGUUGAUGACAAGAGAGCCCCGUUUAACACGGCUCUGUCUGUUGGUGGCAGCAGCGAGGCGGUCAGCAUGACAGCUUGGCUCUUCGCCUGCAUCAGCAGUCUGGCGGCUCUGAGCCUCGUGGCUUGUCUGCUCGGCCUGAUCUUUCGUCGUCGACACUGGAACUGGCUUGCCGGCAAGCCGGAGACAAAAGCGACGACGAAGGCGACGGUGUCGACGACGCCAGUGACGCCGACGACGACGAUGACCGUGACGACGACAGCGGCGAUGGCGCUAACGACUACGAUGACGACGAGGCAGCAGAGAAAGCCUACGCAAGUACAAAAUCAUCAGCUCCAGACGCUUGCGUAA